GUAUUGCACUUGUUUGUCUGAUCUUAUGUUUCUGUGAGUACUACUAACUAUCCAACUAGUCUACAGUCACUAGUUAUCCAAGAUGACGCCAGUGAAUUUGUACAAGGAGAAGAAACGACGGCAUUUCGGGUUUCUGGGUGGUGGUGGGCGUGCUACGCAUAGUGUUGCUAAUACCCAUAGUAGUCCACCCAACCGAUUGAUGCUGCUAAUGAUAUUUUGCAUGGGCUGUCUGAUUGGGUUUUCCAGUUGGUUGCAAUCGCAAUUUUGGAUUGCGCUUCCCACUCCUCCACCCGCUCCCUUGAAUCCCUCCUUGAUUGGUGACUCUGAUUGGAACGACUUUCAACAAGACUAUCAAGGUCGCUUUGGACGACCAGAGACUCCUCCUGGAAUGCGAUCCUGGUUGGCAUUUGCCCGAAUGCAUCAAUGCAGUGAACGAGACUUUUAUCAAGACAUGGACGACGAUUUGGCUUUCUUUCGCUCCAUCAUUCAAAAAGAAGGACACAAAAAAUUCCGCCGAGCCGACAUUGUUCCCACUGGAUUGGAUCAAACCGACAAUUACAUGGCGUUCAAACUCCAACAUCAUCAACUACAAGUCAUUGCCAGUCGCAAUGCCGGGAAUAACGAUCGAGAACAACGACAAAUUGAACAAUUGUUACGAUGGAUUCUAGAACCCAUUCGAGUGCACGAGCCCAAAUUGGAUGCCACUUACUUUUUCAAUCUACACGAUGGCGCCACGCCCGCGAAAGAUACCACGAAACGACCCAUUUUCAGUGUCUGCAAACAAGGCUAUUGGACCGAAAGCAAACAGCCACCAACAUACAACAUCAAUUUUGAUUCCUUCAAGGGACAACACCACUACUUGUCCAAUCAUCCCGAUUAUCACGAUUGGGCCGCCUUUGAAUCCAGAGAUAUCAUGGUACCCUAUCAUUUUGGAUACGACAGUGCCGAUUCAAUAAUAAUACAAUCCGACAAUACUCUACCAUUUUCACAACGUCAAGAGAGUCUCGUCUGGAGAGGAUCCACCACGGGAAGUGUCUGGGGAGAAUCUCCACGGUUUCGACUCAUUAGAGAAUACAGUGGGGGCACGGAUGCCGCUUACCAGCUCUCCGAUCAAGUACCUGUCAUGAUGGAUUUGGCGUUUGUCAAUGUCAUGCAAAAUGACGCGGGACAAACAUUAGCACCAAGAAGUCGAACUGGGGAUCGAUUGGAAUUCCACGAGUUGCAACAACACAAGUACAUUAUGGAUGUCGAUGGGAAUGCCUUUACGUCUCGUUUCCCCGGAUUACUCAAAUCCGGGUCUCUCAUUUUCAAAUCCACGCGAUAUCGAGAAUGGUACACCGAACGGUUGCGACCGUACGUCGACUAUGUUCCCGUCAAUUACAAUCUCACCGAUUUGACACAAAAAAUUCAAUGGGCUCAUGCACAUCCACAAGAUGCCGCCAAAAUUACACAACAUGCCCAACAAACCGCCUCCAAAUUCUUGCGGAGACAAGAUAUGCGAUGUUACAUGUACCGAUUGUUGCUCGAAUAUCAAACCUUGUUUGAAGAUUAG